CUUGUGGCCGAACAACCCUCCAAAGGAGACCUCGUAGAGUCGGUAGGUUGCUGGUACGUGACCCAGCAUGUAUGGCAUAGCCGAUCAAGCCAGACCCCUCUGGCACCACUCCAACUGAUAGGCAUAUAUGGCAGUUUCAUGGAGUGUUUAAGCGCUUGGGUUUGGGCUCCGACCACCGCCUCGCGGCUCCAGACCUGAGACGUCAGACUGCGCCAGAGCUGCAAGACUCACGGACCUGAGACUGCCAUGAUCGGUCUCCAUGUGGAGGUGCCACAGAAGCCAGAGCUGCCACUCAUGGGCAGCAGUCAAAUCGCGGAGGUGAAAUCCAGCUUGCAGCCGCUGGUGGAGUCACUGGAUGAAGAAGUGAGCUUCCCUCAGGGGGACGGCCUUUGGACACAACAGUUUGCCUUAGAGCUCCUACCUUUCCGCAACUCCUUCUCUUCAGAGACGGAGUACAGUCACUGGCUACCUCUGGACAGGGAAGUCCCAGGGGUCGAUGGAGCCGGACCUGCCCAGAGACUGGACUCCAUGCCGAUCAAGCCAGACCCCCCUGGCACCACCACCCCUGGCCGUUUCUCGGCAGUCCGUGAGGAUGAGCCCCACCCUGGCUCACCCAACGGGCGGACGCACCAGGACUACUUGGCCUAUUUGGACACCGCUCGGCACUUCAUUGAGCAGGAACAGGAAAGCUUCAAACACCUUGUGGCGAAGCGCAGAGCGGCAGAUGCCGCGGCGGAUGCCAAUGCUGCGGGAGGGAAGCCGGGGCUCUUCAGCAACAUGAAGUCCAAGCUUGGCUGGUAGGGCCAGGUUGGCAUUUCGAGGGGAAUCAUGGGGAUUGCCCGGAGGGCCGCCGCCGAGUGGACGGCUUCCACGCCGCCCGCCAUCAGACAUCCCUAGGGAUCCAGCCGUACCUUCUCAGGUACGGUGUUUGGAGACACUGUUAUGUAGGUUUGGAGGCACUAAGUACCUUCUGAGAAGGUACUCCCUAGGGCUUGGGAGACGUCCCACUUUGGGUCUCUGGCGACGCCGCCCGAGUCACCGCACAGCUUCUCGAGCCUUGCGAGGCAAGGACUCCAGCUCCUCGUA